UCAAUCCGGAAAUGAGGAGGUUGUUACUGCGGGCUCAACGUCAUAUCAGAAAAUCAAUUAAGUUAUGAAAAAUACCAUUAAUUGCCUUUCUUUGUCAUCACUGCUCCAGAAGAAAUGGCGGCUGUCUAUACGUCCGGGCUUUGAGGGAAAUAUUUUUUCAACCAAAUGUAGUGUUUAUGGGCUACAUGAACCGUUUCAGCCGUCACGUACGCUUUAAAGACAGAUAAGAAUGAGCUGAUGGUUGUGGAAGUCUGCAAGAAGACUCCAGGUACAGAGGAAAGGUCGACUGGAAGAUGCCAAGAAAAAAACAACAGAAUCCACAGCCAGUGAAAUUGGAUUCUGAGGAUGGUGUAGCCAUUGAAGCUCCAGGAAACCUCCACUUAGACACUGACCUCUUUCUAGGACACGACCUUGAGUUUGAUGCUCCUGAUCAUGACAAGAUUCUAGGCCUGGAAAAGUUCUCAGAAGUAGCUGCAGAGAUCAGCUUCUCCGUGUUUCCUCUGGGUGAUGAGAGUUCUGCCUACAGUCAGCUCAGCAUGGAGAGUGAAACAGACAACUCGCGCGGCACAAGCGACAACGGGAGAGAGGAUGAGAGCGGAGCAAGCCAGUCCGAGUCCAGCUUUCCCCCUUACCUGUCCUGCAGGGGCUGUGGACAGUUGCGAGACGAACUCCUUGGACCUGGCAUGGACCUCGUCGGACCUUACUGUCUGAGGUGCUGCAAAGGAUCCAGGGACGGCAAAAGUAUCGAGUUCUGUUUACCUUUUGGAAACAUUGGGAUUCGUUCCCAAAUCCGCGCAGACUCGCAGCCUGAAUGCGAAAUGGACCAAGCCACCUCGGGCGAAGACAAAAUGUGCAAGCAGCACUCGUGCCACCUCUGCGGGUUCUCCUCGCGGUAUGCCAACCACGUGAAGCGCCACAUGAAGACGCACAACGGGGAAAAGCCCUUCAACUGCCCCCUGUGCACCUACGCCUCGGCACAGCUGGUCAACCUGCAGAGGCACCUGCGCAUCCACACUGGGGAGAAACCUUACAAGUGCAGCAGCUGUAGUUUCGCCUGCAGCUCGCUGGGCAAUCUCAAAAGACACCAGCGUAUGCACGUGCCCUCCGCCGGUGUGGGACACGACACCUCGCUGAGACUUGGCAAUGCCCAAACUGGCCCCAAAAAGCCUGUGGACCUGCAGAGACCAAACCGGGAAGUCUCUGGUUCAGAAAUUGAAAAACCAACGUCAAACCUCGGUUUGGGAGCUCAGAACAGUGACUACUUGUCGGCCUUUGACAGCUUAAAGGGCGCCUCACCACCACCCAUCCCUGCCUCCAAACCUGCACCAGGCCAUCACCCUCCACCCAUGAUGGAGAUCACAGACAGCAGCAGCACCACCAGGCCCAGCGUAGCAGAUGGAGCCACCAUCCCACCCUCACUUUUCCCCUUCACUUGCCGUCUGUGUGGCGUCGUCCUCGAGGAUGAAGACGGCUCCUCGGCGCAGAUCUGUGCCAAGUGCACCCUCGACAUGCUGACGAAAGACUCCUCAUCCUCCCCCAACAGUCCUGGCGAGCGGAGUGACAAGGUCUACACGUGUGCCGCUUGCCCUUUCCUCACGCACUACCCCAACCACUUGGCACGCCACAUGAAAACCCACAGCGGGGAGAAACCAUACAAGUGCCCACAGUGCGACUACGCCUCAGCGCACUUCGACAACCUCAAGCGGCACCACCGGGUGCACACGGGGGAGAAGCCGUACAAGUGCCAUUUGUGCGAAUACGCGUGCGGGAACCUGGCCAACCUAAAGCGGCAUCAGCGAGUGCACUCGGGCGCCAAGCCCUUCCAGUGCACGAUAUGCAGCUACAGCUGCAACCAAAGCAUGAACCUGAAGAGACACAUGCUGCGGCACACGGGGGAAAAACCCUACAAAUGUCAGGAGUGCGGCUACACCACCGGCCACUGGGACAACUACAAAAGACACCAGAAGAAGCACGGCCUGGCCACAGACAGCUGGGUCAAAGUGCCGAUGACGGACGACGAGGACGACACCAGGAGCAGGCCGGGAGGUGGCGGUCAAACUCACAGAAAGGAAGGAGUCAGCAUGCAGUACAUGGCAAGGGAGGGGGGUCCGGCAAUGCACCCGUGCUACAAACUAGAGAUCGCAUAACUUGAAAAUCAACUCAACAAACUUACCAGCAACUUGUUUGUUUUAUUGUGUCAGUCUUUUACUGUUCUGUCAAAUCUUUGGAGGCUGCUAAUAGAUUGAAUGUCGUCUUGUUUUGUCUCGUGUCAGCAGCACUGUGCAAGCUCCUCAUGCUAGUUUGUUCUCACUCUUUACAUCAAACGUCUCUGGAACUGAUGCACACAUUUGCCUGAACUGUUACAGCUGCACUGUGUAGUUCUGUUCACUAUUUUAAUACACAAAAAGGGUUUUAUACAACAAAUACUGAUCAGGCUUUAUUUACUUUUUUUCCCUCAAUAAUUUAGUUUUCAGUGUCAGAAUUCACUUUGAUUUCAUUUAACACCAAAUUAAAAAAAUGUAUUUUUCUACAUAGUGACUAUACAGUGCAGCUUAAAGCAUUUUUAUACAGUGCUUUUGUAGCUAGAGCCUUCCAGCUUCGCUUGUAGUUUGCCUUCCAAUAAAUGUAGAAUUCAAGGAGCAUUAUUCGAUUAUUUAUAUAAUCCACCAAGUCAUUUUUGCCAGUGAGGACUUGAUUUUCUUUGUGCCAUCAAAAUGUUGUGAAAGACAUGGUUUUAACACAGAAUUGCAUGUCAACAUGCCCUCUUAAACACUUGUUUUCUUAAAGAAAAAGCACAAUCAGCUCAGAGUUCCUGGUUUUAGUUAAAAAGAUUAUCAUUUAUUGUGGUUCUACAACAAAAAUUAAAACAGAAAAUAUAAGUAAUUUAUCUAUUUUUUCUCUUAAAUGGACAUUUUUAAAUGGUUUUUUAUUUACAUUUACUAAUUUAUUUGGUUGUUUUUAAGCAAAAAAUGAAAGUAUCAGCUGGUGUGCAUGUCUUUUUUUUGUCUUCUUUGAAUGUUUGAUUGGAUUGCCAUGGUAACUUGAUAUAAAAUCAGAUUUAAAUGAAACUGGUGAAUAACUAUUGUGUAAGUAGCAGACUCUCCAGAUCGUUAUCAAAAGUGUGACCAUCCGUGUCUGUAUGCAGUAUCUUAUAAAUGCCUUAAGAGAGAUGUUUAAAAUAAACACGAGGAAUACAUGUUACUGAA